CAAGGACUAAUCUUGUUGAUGGAUGCAUGUGGGUACAAAUCCUUAACUGUAGCCUAAACGCAACAUUUUAUCUUCUAUCCAGGAGUCUGCCCGUCUCGAUCGUUUGAAAUGUCUUCCAAGGCGGUCAGGUUAUUGGUAAUCUUCUCAGUGUAUUUAAUGGUCAAUGGGAAUAAUCCAAAAAGUCAACGGACCCUCUUGCCAAACGUUUUAGUUUUGGAAGUAACUGGACAGCAGGCACAGUUUACUCUGCCUUGCUUGGAUUCGACGGCAGAGAUGAAAGGCAUUCUGGUUGAGAAUAUCGUUUGGAUGGUGAACGGAGCAGACACGCGCAUAAGGGGGAACACAUUCAUUGUAUAUCUGGAGGAGAGUUUUGGAGGGGGUAACUACACCUGUUACAGCGAGGAGAGAGCACUCCUCAACCACACUCUGGUGUUGCUUCAACAAGUGGGAUCCAAAAGAGCAGAUCUGAAUUGCACCGCUCAGAAUUACGACGGAGGCUUCCAUUGCUAUUGGAAAUAUCCCAAACAAAGCCUAUGGACGGUAGCUUUGGUUAAGGCUGAACGUCUUGGUCCCAGUGUUGAGGACACCAGGUGCAUUACGAAUGCCAGUGGCAAGAGCUGGACCAGCUUUUCCAGUGAGGACACCAUCAUCCACUGUGACCUGGACAGGGCCGUAGCACCAAAUCCUGGGCCCCUAUACUAUAGCCCGACGGCCCUGGACCUGGACACUGGUGGAAAUGGGACCACCUGCCGGGAAACCUGCCCUCAACCUGAGGAGACCCAGCUACUGCGCGUCUCGGUGUGCGUCUACAGCGAGAACUUCAUUCUGGAGGAAUACUCCAAUGUGGGCUUUUACGUGAGAGAAAUAGUGAAACCAGACAAGGUGAAGAUCGAGAAGGUGAAUGCAACCAUGGCCGAGUGGAGCUACCCAGAAUCCUGGAGUUCCCCCCACUCGUACUUCCCCCUGGUCUCCCAGGUGGUUGUCAGAAAGAACUGCAAAAAGUGUGGAAACUGCACGGGCCGAAACAAUGGACAGAUGGUGACAAACCACGCUCCAGGAGUGUUUCAGUUUGAGAUAAAGAAGACCAAAAUCCUGUGUGUGCGCAUCCGGGACCCCUUGUAUGCCUCUCAGUGGAGUGACUGGAGCCGUCACAGAGUUGGGAAGAAGCUGAAGAAGAAUAGAUACCCUGUGGAUAGUGUCAGAGAUUUUUAAUUCAGAUGUGAAUUCAAGCAACACUUCAACACCUUCCGGGUUCAGGAAUUUCCAUUCAACUGAAACUGCAGUGUGAGAGUGUGCGUUGCGGUGACUGUGCAUGGAUGCUUGGACUCUAACCGGCCAGCACCCCAUCGACGAUUUAAAAUGUUUUGCCUGUAUUUAUGUCAAUUAGGGCACCCGUUGCACUCCUGACCAUUCCUGUAAUGAGGGAUCCCCCACUCUGCAUUCCUUCUCAAGAUUUUUUCUUGCCCUCUUGGGGGCUAGGGUCAGGGAGAUGUCAUCAAUAUUUGGCCUGUUAAGCCCUUUGAGACUGUACCUUUGAUUAAAGGCUAUGCAAAUAAAAUGUAAUUUAAUUU